AUGAGGUUGAUACGCCGAGUGGUGAGGCGGCUGUCGGGUCGGACGCACCGCGAAAAGGGCAAGGCGUCUCCCGAAACUCUGAGGACGGGCUGCAUUGCCUGGGUGGAGAAGGAAGGCCAACCGCGGCGAGCCGAGAUCCUCAGUAUCAAAGAAACGAAGAGUGGCAAGCAUUUCUAUUGCAACUUCGACAACUUUAACAAGCGACUGGAUGAGUGGGUUCCUGUGGCCAGAAUCGACUUCAGCCAGGAUGUAGAAUGGCCGAAUCCAGAAAAGGGCAACCUGAACGAUUCAAAAUCCAAGAAAGCGCCGUCAGUACAAACGAAAAGGCCCCAGUUUCGACGAAGGCACAAAACGCCCCGGAAAGAGGAGCAGUCGGUUCACUCUGAGGCCACAACUCCUCAUCCUUGGACAGAAUUCGUGGAGUCUCAAACCCGAAAAUCAUCGUCGAUUGGACCCGAUGGCGAUCCCCAGACAUUCACCAGCGUCGGGGCUAGUGCUACGCCGGCCGCCACCGACGAGCUGGACGCGGACGAGGAGGAAAACGACUUGUUUCCGUGGUACUUUUCCCCCUAUCCAGAAGUGUUCAGCCAGGAUGACGUCAUCUUCAUCUGCGAAUUCUGCUUGAGUUACUAUGGUGACGAGAAGGCAUUCCUGCGACAUCGCAGAAAGUGCACGCUGCAACACCCACCGGGUAAUGAAAUAUACAGAGACGACUACGUGUCCUUUUUCGAAAUCGAUGGCCGUCGUCAACGCACAUGGUGUCGGAAUCUCUGCCUACUGUCUAAAAUGUUUCUCGAUCACAAGACACUGUACUACGACGUCGACCCCUUUCUCUUUUACGUCAUGUCGACCCGGAGCGACAAGGGCUGCCAUAUCGUAGGAUACUUCUCCAAAGAGAAGGAGAGUGCGGACGGAUACAACGUGGCUUGUAUCAUGACUCUGCCGCAGCACCAGAGGAAGGGAUACGGAAGGUUGCUGAUUCAGUUCUCAUACGAGCUAUCCAAGAUCGAAGGCAAGCUAGGAUCACCGGAAAAGCCGCUUUCAGAUCUGGGCCUCUUGAGUUAUCGCCAGUACUGGUCCGAAAACAUACUCGAUCUGCUGCUAGGCUACAACGAGCGAGACGACAGAGUGACGAUAGAGGUGAUUUCCAAAACUCUAGCCAUGAUGACUCAGGAUGUCGAACACACCCUGCAAGCAAUGAAUAUGCAAGUCUAUCACAAGAGCGACCACAAGAUCGUCAUCCCCGACAAGCUCAUCAAGCAAAGGGAGAAACAGAAGCAGAAGCAAAAGAUCUCUCGACCCGGCCAGGAUACAGUGGAAGCCGCCAGUGUUUACAGCCUGGAGCCGGACGUGGGGCUGGUAAAGAUGCGCCGCAACGAUAUGUGUGGUGGAAGAAAAGGUGUCGCAUCGAGCUGA